GUUGUAUCUUCCGGCCAGUACCUCGGGAGCGCGCACCGGUCGCUCUAGUGACCACUCACACAUACAAGUAUCCCAGCUAUCCUCGAACAAUGGGUUACCUGGCUUCCUUCCUGACGACGCUGUGGCUGACUUCCACGGCUGCACAGCUUGGCUUCAUCCAGGACUUAACCAAGGAGGUCACGAAGAGAAUACAGAAUGAGGUGCAGGCCGUUGUGGAUCCUCUCGAAAAGACUGUCGCCUACAUCGGCUCUAGUCAUUGUAAACAUGUAAAGAAGCUGUUGGGAGUGACAUAUGAUAACUACGCGUACUCCGGACCAGAUCUAAGCAAGCUCACUUUGGUCUUCACCACCAGGGCCAAAACAGUCACCUACAACUUAACCCUGGCUCCUGAAGAGAUCCCCAAAGAGCGCUGGUUCAACCCUGCGCUGCCCUUCAGGAUCUUCCUGCACGGUUUCACAGACGACCCUUCCAAGUCCAGCUACCAGACCAUUAGCUCGGCCUUCCUUAAACAAGAUGACGUGAACAUAUUGGCUCUGGACGCCAGUUCCUUGAUCCGCUGGUUCUACCUGCGGUCUACCGUCAUGGUGCAGUUCAUAGGAGAGAGGCUCGGAUCCGUACUGGCCGCGUUAGUGCCUGCUGGUCUGGAAGCCUCAAAGAUCCACCUCAUAGGCCACAGUCUGGGCAGCCACAUCGCAGGGUUUACCGCCAAGACGUUCUACAACCAGACCGGGCAGCGUGUUGGCAGGAUAUCUUCGCUUGAUCCCGCCGGACCUUGCUUCUCCAACCUGGAGGUAGACCUGAGGCUUUCCAAGGAAGACGCGAACUUUGUGGACGUCAUACAUACUGAUGCUGGAGUAUUUGGAUUAAAUGAGGCGAUUGGUCAUGUGGAUUUCUACCCGAACGGUGGCUCUGAACAGCCGAACUGCCUGUUCCCAACAUGCAGCCACAGCCGAGCGUGGCUAUUGUAUGCCGAAUCUGUACUGCUGCCGGAGUCCUUCGUCGGGGCGCAGUGCUUAAGCUGGAAGCAGUUUAUGAAAGGAAACUGCGAUUUCAAAGAUACCAGCGUCAUGGGUUACUACUGCCCCACGGACUCCCGCGGCAAGUACGACCUCCAGACCUCGGACGAGUCUCCCUUCGGCCUCAAAGAAGCAGGCCUCACCUACGCCAAUAACGCCAGCAUCAUCAAGAACAUUCAAAACCUAGUCAUGGCCUGGACUGGCCUGGACCUACCUUCAUAUCAUCCAGACCAGAUUCAUGACUGACUUUAUGCACUAGACAUCUAUCAAACCAAUUUAUACUCUGUUCCAAGAGUCGUAGUGUUGUUAAUUGCAGAAAAUAGGUCAUAGUGUCUUGUUUUUUUUUUUGUAGUUUUGCCCAAGUCACAACUGCGUGUGAAAUUGUGCGCCAUCACACAUUAGUAUCAGUGCCAUAACAUCCAGAAAAUGUCAGAAUGAUAAUUAAGAUUUAAUAUAUUGUUUAUAAGCCAUCCUUAUGCUCAAAUUUAUUAUUAAUUUAACUUUAAUAUUCCA